AUGCACGAAAACGAUAAAAGGAAGGGCGAGAAGUUGAGGGAAAUGUUUUAUAGGAGUGAUGAUAUUGAGCGAUACCUGGGAGGUGGCUGA